UACAUUUUCCAAUCUCAAAAAAUUUCAUAACAUUAUAUUUUUCUCUCCAAUUUUGUUUUCCUUCUUAACAUCAAUAUUGAUGGAUAACACUUCUGACCGUCGUCGUCGUCGUAAGCAACGCAAAAACUUACUCCAUGAUUCUGAAGAAGUAAGCAGUAUCGAAUGGGAGUUCAUCAACAUGACUGAACAAGAAGAAGAUCUCAUCUUCCGAAUGUACAGACUUGUCGGUGAUAGGUGGGAUUUAAUAGCAGGAAGAGUUCCAGGAAGACAGCCAGAGGAGAUAGAGAGAUAUUGGAUAAUGAGAAACAGUGAAGGCUUUGCUGAGAAACGACGGCAACAACUUCACUCAUCUUCUUCCCACAAACACACCAAACCUCACCGUCCUCGUUUCUCUUUUUAUCCUUCUUAGAAUUCUAUUUUGUUUCUCUAAGUUUAAAUCCCCACCACCCAAUGAGAAGAAGAAAAUGAAAAAAAAAAAACAAAUAAUAGAUGUAUAGUAGUGGUUCUUGUUAGUUUGAAGAAUGUAGCAUCUAUUGUUUUUCAUUUUGUUGUGUUUUUUCUUAACAUUUUAUA